AUGUCGGGGAAUUUCUACAAGGGCACUUCUAAAGACCAGACUCCUUUCUUUAAGGACAAGGACAGCCAACUUAUUGCACAGAGGAAAUGGCCGGCAAUAUUCGAACAGGAAGUUGACAUGAGCAAGGUAAACGUGGAGGUUAUGAAAGCGUGGAUCAACCAUAAGAUCACAGAGCUACUCGGCUUUGAAGAUGAUAUUGUAAUUUCUUACUGCCUGUCGCAAUUGGUGCCGGAAGAAGCCCUCGCUGCGGAUGUUGACGAGAGAAAGAAUUACCUAUGUCCCAAGAAACUUGCAAUAUCGCUUACUGGAUUUGUUGGAAAACAGGCGACGCAUUUCGUCCGCGAACUUUGGAAACUCCUCCUGAGUGCUCAGAAUACUCCGACGGGAAUCCCCCCUGAAUUUUUGGAAAACAGAAGGCUGGAAAUGGAGAGGAAGAGAGAAGAGGCGGCGCGCAUCAAUGAAGAGCUGGUGCGUAGGCAUGAGCAAAUGAUGGCCACAGAAUUUAACAAGCAAAUCAAGCAAUUCGCGACCGGAACCGCCCCUCCGAAGCCGCCAACGCUUGUAGCGUACGAUACAAUUCCAGACACAGGUGGCAUGAGAGGGUGGGACAACGACGAUGCGCCACCAGCACGGGCUCGCGCACCCUCCCACGGUCGCAGCAGAAGUCGGAGCCGCUCUCGGUCUGGAGGCAGAAGUCGCCGUACUCGAAGCGACAGACAUGAGAGACGGAAGGGCCGACGACGAAGCGAGUCCCGCAGUAUGUCGCGUUCACCGAGCCGAGGUGGGGAUAGGGAUCGUGACCGUCGGCGUGGUCGUUCAAGCGAUCGUGAUUAA